AGAAUCCACAAAAUGGAAGAGAUCGACGAUCAGACCUUCUUCCGCUAUUGCCUCCUGACCCUAAUAUUCUCCGGCCCACCGACCGCCGUCGCUCUUAAGUUCCUCCAAGCUCCCUACGGCAAACACAACCGUACCGGAUGGGGCCCCACCUUAUAUCCGCCGAUCGCUUGGUUUCUCAUGGAGAGCCCGACCUUGUGGCUCACGCUCCUCCUCUUCCCCUUUGGCCGUCACUCUCUCAAUCCUAAAUCUCUCCUCCUCUUCUCCCCUUAUCUCCUCCAUUACUUCCACCGCACCAUCAUUUACCCUCUUCGCCUCCACCGCAGCUCCUCCUCCUCUUCUGCUAAAAACAGCUUUCCGGUCAGCAUCGCCGCCAUGGCUGUUACCUUUAAUCUGCUCAACGCCUAUAUCCAGGUGAGAUGGGUUUCUCAUUACAAGAACGACUACGAAGACGGACAGUGGUUCUGGUGGCGGUUAAUUAUUGGUAUGGUGGUUUUCAUAGCCGGAAUGUGGAUUAAUAUCACGUCGGACCGGACUCUGGUACGACUGAAGAAAGAGAACCGGGGAGGUUAUGCGAUACCGAGGGGAGGCUGGUUCGAGCUAGUUAGCUGCCCGAAUUACUUCGGUGAGGUGGCUGAGUGGUUGGGCUGGGCUGUAAUGACUUGGUCUUGGGCCGGUAUUGGGUUUUUCCUCUACACGUGUUCCAACUUGAUCCCGCGCGCACGUGCGAGCCACAGAUGGUACACUGACAAGUUCAAGGAUGAGUAUCCCAAGACUCGGAAAGCUGUUAUUCCUUUUGUGUACUGA